CAAAAAGCACGCUUUAUUUAUUUAUUUUUGAACAAUAAGCACGCUUUAUAUAUACAACAAACGUUUCUCCCAUCUUCACUUCUCUCACUAGAUAGACUCAAAAAUAGGCUUCCUUUGUGAAUUGCUUGACUCAAACACAAAUCAGAAACCAAUCCCUCAAAACUUGAACAUUUCAAUCUCAUCACCCCUCAAAAUUAUGGAAAUUCAAACUUCUCUCCCCAAACACAGUCCUCCUCCGCCAAUUGAGCAAACGGUCGUCUCAAAAUUGGUCGCAGAACGUACCAAACACUUAGUCCCGUUGAUCUUAACCAGAAUCCAUGCGGGUUAUUUUAGAAUAACGCUUUCUCUAGGGUGGCAAGCGUUAUUGUGGAAAAUCCUACUUCAACCCACUCAAGAUUCGAAAAUUGCAAUUCGAGCCCCAAAAGUUUUCUACUCUACCAUUUUGACCAUCAUAUGGUCGUUUUCUCUAGUCAUACUCAUCCUCCUCUCGCUUCUCUACUCCCUCAAAUGCAUCUUCCGCUUCAGCAUGAUAAAGGCGGAGUUCAUGCACCACGUCGGGGUGAAUUACCUUUUUGCCCCUUGGAUCUCCUGGCUCCUGAUCCUCGAAUCCGCGCCAUUCGUCACACCAAAGCACGUUUCUUUCGUGAUCCUGUGGUGGAUUUUCGCGAUUCCGGUUAUAAUCCUGGACGUGAAGAUCUACGGCCAGUGGUUCACCAAGGGUAAAAGGUUCUUAACCGCCGUGGCUAACCCAGCGAGCCAGCUCUCCGUCGUCGGGAACCUGGUCGGCGCUCGAGCCGCGGCUAAGAUGGAGUGGCGCGAAGUUUCGGUCUUCCUCUUCUCCCUGGGGAUGGUGCAUUACCUGGUGCUCUUCGUGACUCUCUAUCAGCGCCUCUCCGGCGGCGACCGACUUCCGGCGAUGCUGCGGCCGGUUUUCUUCCUUUUCUUUGCGGCGCCGAGCGUGGCGAGCCUGGCGUGGUACUCCAUUUCCGGAAGCUUCGAUACGCCGUCGAAGAUGCUCUUUUUCCUCUCACUUUUUCUCUUUGCGUCGCUGAUUUGCAGGCCAGCACUUUUCAGGAAAGCAAUGAGAAGGUUCAACAUAGCAUGGUGGGCAUAUUCGUACCCGAUAACACUGCUGGCUCUGGCAUCAGCAAGAUACGAGCAGGAAGUCCAAGGUGGAGUGUCUCGUGCAAUAAGGCUACUGCUGUCGGGGUUGUCUGUUUUGGUCCUACUUGGUCUGCUGCUGCUUACUGCUUUCAACCCUAAAUUGCUACUGCCAGAUAAUGAUCCCAUUCUUCUCACCACCGCCCUCUGCUUCCAACUCUCAUUCUCCCACCGCACCCCUAUGCUGACUAUGUGGUCUAAUGAGGGUCCAUUCCCAAAGAGAAUUAAAAGAGUGGGGCAAAAAGGGAAAAGUUAGGUCGGGAUACACAAAAAAUUUUAACUCCAGACUUAUCAGAUUUAAAUUAAUUAUAUGAUUUGUAUAAUAUACUUAUCAUAUAAUUAAUUGAUAGUUCAAGAAAAAUGAUAAAUCACACGAUAAAUAUAUUAU